AUGGUACUGAGCAAUCGACGCAUGUGUGAAGGUGAAAAACUGGCUGUCGAACGCGCCAAUGCUCCAGCCAGUAAAUCAUUCAAACGUCGAUAUUGGGAAAUUGGACUUGCGGCGCCAUCUCUGGAGUUCAAAGCUAACGACGGACCCAGCAAAGAGGGGAGAGACGAGGAAUGCGACAUGUGCUUAUUUUUUCCUGCUUCCACGUUUUCCACUUGCCGCGUACGGAUGUAA